AUGGCCCUCUGCUUGCAGGUGAAGGAGGAGUGUCGCUUACUCAAUGCCCCACCUGUGCCUCCCCGAGGUGGCAAUGGCAGCGACCGGCUCUCGGGCAGCCCCCCAAUACCCCCUCGCUUCCCUAAGCUACAGCCUGUCCACUCGCCCAGCUCCAGCCUCUCCUACUACUCCUCUGGCCUCCAGGAUGGGGUGGGUUCCCGCAGCGGCAGUGGCUCCCCAUCACCAGAUGCAUACUCCCUCUAUUGCUACCCAUGCACCUGGGGAGACUGCAAGGUGGGCGAGUCCUCUAGCCGCCCGCCCCAAGGACCCCUGCCCUCUACUACGCAGCCCAGCCAGGGCCCCCGGGCCCUUGCAGAGCCACUGAGCAGUCGAGCUGCCCCACUCCUGGGGGCUGACACCCCUGUCAAAACCUAUCCCAGCUGCCCGCCUCUUUUCAAGCCCUCGCACCCGCAGAAGCGCUUUGUUCCAUUUGGAGCUCUCAAUCCCUUCUCUGGGCCUGCCUAUCCCUCAGGCCCUUCAGCGUCCUCCUCUGGGCCCACAGCCACCACAAGUCCCCUGGCUACCUCCAGCCCUGCAUAUUCCCCAAGGCCAGCCUCACCAGGCCAGGCCUAUUCAGCUGCUCCCUACUCCUGUCCCACUUCCUCUUCCUCUUCCUCCGAGUGGCAGGAACCAGCCCUGGAGCCUUUUGAUCCCUUUGAGUUGGGGCAGGGCAGUUCUCCAGAGCCUGAGCUGCUACGCUCUCAGGAGCCCAGAGCUGUGGGAGCACCUGGGUCUGGACCCCGUCUUUCACCACUUGGUCCCCUCAAGGCCUUUGAGCCUGAAGGUUUGGUGCUGCGGCAAGUCCCCACCCCACUGUCACCAGCUGCCCCCCAGGGGUCUGAGGCAGGAGGAGCACGCCUUUUUCUUACUCAAGGGCGCCUGGAAGGGCCUCCUGCCAGUCCCCGGGAUGGACCUGCAGGCUUGGGAGGACGGGAUGCCUCCUGGCAGCCCCCUGCUGACCUGUCUGCACUCUCCCUGGAGGAGGUCUCUCGCAGCCUUCGUUUCAUCGGGCUCUCCGAGGACGUGGUGAGCUUCUUUGCCCGAGAACGCAUUGAUGGUAGCAUUUUUGUGCAGCUCAGUGAGGACAUCCUGGCAGACGACUUCCACCUCACCAAGCUGCAGGUCAAGAAGAUCAUGCAGUUCAUCAAAGGCUGGCGGCCCAAGAUCUGAACUGCGCAGCCUGAGCUGCACAACUGCAAUGCUGGCAUGGAGACCCUGGGGGCCAGCCACGGCUUGCUGGGGAAUGGUACUCCCUGAGAAGCAGGUCCUGCCUGCGGGGAGGACCUAGGCCAAGACCAAGGCUGCUUGGCAGCCAGAGUGAAUCUGAGGGAGAUGCACUUGGAAAUGUGGCUCCCUGGGGGUAGAGCCUUGCGUGGGACAUCUUGCCUUU